CAGAUUUAAAUUUUAAUCUAGAUGUCGAUUUGUCCGUACAUGUUCGCUUUGCUGUAUUAUAUAAUUUGAUGUUUACCUUUUACUGAUCUUUGGAAGAAUAUUCUUAGGAAAUGCAAAGAUCAUAAGUAGAAGAAAAGUGCAAGAAGUGUCGAGUUAAAGCGCUGACGCCACCGGUUCCGUUCCGCAAUUGUGUGACUCGUUCGCUCGUUUGGCCGUCCUCCGUCGCGCGCCGCUGUUGGACGAUGGUUGUUAAUGGUGGAGUGCGUUGUUCGGCUGUUUUUAAGGAAGUCGCCAUUGUUGUACGCUGAAAUUAAGCGAAAAGUGCCCGUUGCAGUUCGUUCUUUGUGCGUUUUACGUGUAGGACACCGUCGGAUAAUUACAAAGUUCGUCGGGAGACUGUGAUUGCUAAAUAUAAGCGAACGCGUAUCGUAAUAAUAGUGUGAAGUGGUGCAAUGUUUGUUGGAAGCGUAUCCAUGCUAUAAGCUCCGUAGUAGCAUGUUUCGUAAGCUUGGUCUUAUCACGUGGGAGUGUGCCGUUCGAAAAUGUUGAGUACAUUUCCAAAAGUGGAUUAUUAGUGAUGGUUUCCUGCCGAUUUUCUCACACCUGGAGGACUUGCAUAUUUAUCCAGUGACUAACGUUAGCGAGUACGUUUCAAGUUUUCACUUUUAUGUUUUCGGUAUGGAAUUAGCCGGCGACUAGCAGAGGAAGGAAUUCGAACAGCCGGUCUAUAUUUACUUAUGGAGUUAUAUUUGCGUUUAUUGAUCAAGUACCCGGGGUAAUGAUUUUUCCAGUAGUUAAUUGUUGGUGACACGAUAAACUUUGCAGUGGGAAAAACUGGAUGAAUGGGAUUGCGUACCGCCUCGGUGAGGCAUCCCCAUGCGGAGGUCAUGGCACCGGCCCUAACAGAAGCGGCGCAGACGAAAAACUUUAAUUUGCCGCCGACGAAAACCCACCCCGAACCGGCGUCUCCAAUAAACAGUUACGAGAAAAACAAAUACCAAGGUAGGCAGAACGGAGCCUAUCCCAAAGCUAGCAAGCUGAGUCCCAAUCCGUUUGAUUUAGAUGUAAGUGAUGCAAUAGCAAAACCAAACUUCGAAAAGUGUUCUGACGAAAAUUGCAGCGCCUCGGACAUCCCAAAAACUCCCACUGUUGAUAUCAUGAACGUAAGCCCAUCACCUAUGGGCGACCACACAAAUAAAAUGGGUUUACAAAAAACUAGUCUCGAUGUCUCUACCAUCCACAAGGAGAAAAUAUCAAAUGAUGUGGAACAGCUGCUCAACAACUUAAGUUCUGUUCUCCCUGAGGGUGAAAAUGCAACUGGUGAUUUGGGGCCAAAUGUGGAAGAUAUCAUGCAGGUAAUCAAAUCUAUGGAGGGUAGAGAAAGACUGAAUAAUCCACCUGAAAACACUCCGAAUGAUAUGAAUAGUGAAGGUGAGGAAAUCUUCCCCAUGCCUGGGACUGAUUUAACCAACAAUUUAUCAUCAUUUGAAAAAGAAUUGUUAGAUAACGUGGAUGUUAUGAACAUUAGCAUGGAAGACCAACAAGAUGAACUCGAUACCAUAGACAAACAAAAGGAAUCUCAGGCCAGGGAAGUGCUAAAUGAUCUGCAACAUAAGCAUGCUAAGGUAGAAAGACGUCUAGAUUUCCUUCGAAGGAGAGUAUACAAACUACAAUCUAGGAUGAUGGGACAACAUAUCAGCAGUGAAAUUGCUGGAGUGUUCGAGCAUGUCCAAAGAUCCUUCAAAAGGGCAAAGGACCAUCAUGAUAACAUGAUCAUUGCACCGUCAUCAAGUGAAUUGGAGAAGAUAAAACCAUCUCCAAUGUCCUAUGGCUCUGCUAAAACCCUGCUGAGAAAACUGGAAAUGACAAGUGCACUACAAGCCAACCUUGCCUCGAAGCAUCGACAUGCAACAGAGUACUUUGGAUCUGGAUCAGUGGAAGUGCCUACAUUUAGAAAUACUGCUAACGGUGGGAUCAGUAUACCUCCUUGGUCUCCAGAUGCCAAGGGUGAACUGCAAAAAGUGGCGGCCCAGUUAAAGACUCAACUGACUAUAGUGCAAAGUGAAGUAGACUCUGAGGCUACUGAAAGUAGCUCCGGUGGUGAAAGUUGUGAUGAAAUGCAAACCUACAACAAUCCUCAUCAGCAGUAUCUCAGUGUUCAGAAACGUGCAUUAUGGAGGUACUCGCUGGAGAGGGCAGCCGUCGCCGCUCGCUGGACGUGGCUCCAAUCGCAAAUCGCCGACCUGGAAUACCGGAUCAGAAAGCACACGGACCUGUUGCGUCAGGUGCGUCACGGCAAGGGGGCGGUACGACUUGGGGGCGUGUCGCCGCCCCACCAUCUCGCGGAGGAAGCGGGGACAGCAACUACGAACAGCGGCUCCGCCUCCGUAGGCACCACGACGGCUGUCAACGGGUACAGGGGGCAGUUGCCGGGGGCCGCGCAACAGCAGGCGAAAGAAGGCGGUGAUGCAUCGGGGACGCCAGAUGUUGAUCAGUAUGCGUGUGCCCGCGGCCGUCCCCUCUUGAACUUCCGCAAACGCAAACUCCUCCAGGUGCGUGGCCUGCACGCCGUUUCGAAGAAAGCCGCCCGACCGAGCACGGUGCGAUGCGGCUGUUGCCGCGGCGACGCGAUCGCCGCCUCUACGGCCGCGUACGCGACCCGAUUCGCCGAGGGAGGCGUGGCCAACGUCGGUGAGGCGGAGCAACAGCAAUCACCGCCCAUCACGGCGGCCGCAUUGGCCGUUGCGGACGGCUGUUGUGCGGUGUGCACCGGCAGGACGGACGCCACUCAUCCCAGGGAUCCGCCCGAUACGCAGGGGCGGCGCGAAAGGGUCGCGCUGCUCGAUCCCGGGUAUCAUCCGGUUUUCUCGAUGCCUGAAGAUACGUCUGUAAAUAUUCACCUAGAGGCCAUAAUGAAAACGUCCGAAUGGCAACAACGUUCCAGCAGAUUGAAGUCCCUGAAAGCGUUAACGAAACCCGACAGAUUGGAGGCCAAAGCUUCGGAGCAUCGCGCCAAGAAGCUGGAACACCGAAAGAAGUAUGGUAGGUUGUUGAAGCCAAGUACCAUAUCUGCACUGUCGGCAAAAAUAAAGAGCAAGAUUAGGGGCAGGAAGCCUGGUCGCCACAGUCUGAGCAGGUUACAUAGAAAGCGUCUGUCUAGCUCUAAAGAACCGUUGGACCAGACGAACAAUUUGUCCAAUGACGGCGCGGAUGAGGAGGUUGAAUCUAUUGGAAACAAUGCCAAUGCGGGUACUAGAUCGUCCGAUUCGCCCAGUUCAUCCCCAUUGCUACAUAUGCAGCCAAUCAGCGGCUACAACAAGAGAAACAGGGUGCAGUCAUACGACAUAGACAAUAUAGUGAUACCGUACAGCGUGGCAGCAUCUACGAGAGUGGAAAAGUUGCAGUAUAAAGAGAUCUUGACACCAAAAUGGAGAAUCGCGGAUCAAGAUUACGAAAGUUUAUUUGACAAGUGUAGCCCAAUGAGAGAUACCAGUCAUGAUAGUGAUGCUGAAGACAUGUCCGAGGAGGCGGUCCAGUCCCGUCACGACCGUUGCGAGCACGACGAGAAGAAACGUUUCCUCAGCUACCUGAAGCUGCCCCUAGGCCACGGCAGGCAGCGUUCGCACAAGCGCACCGACAGUCGGGCGGAGUCCAGCGGCGCGAACACGCCGGAUCCGAUGUCGCCGCAUAGCGCCCCUCCGAAUAAUGGGGUGACCGCCUCCGCUGCUUCCAUUGGGGCGGCGGGUGGCGCCGCAGCGGCGGAGACUGCGCAGGAAGGCGCCGGGGCGGCCAGUGCUAGUGGAUCGCCGAUGGUGUCGCCGCCAGCUACGCCGCAGUCGUUGCAGCUGGACGACACCGGUCCUCUUCCCUCCAUAGCGGUGAUGCGACGAAGGACGAUGUCAGCGUGUCGAUGGGGCCAAACUUCCAAGGAGGAAGAGGCAACAGAUGGAGCCUCUACAGCUGCUGUUGAGGAGGUGGCACCUUACGAUAGACGCACUUUCCCCAUAACUGAAGAUCUCUACGAGCAGAUGAUCGAGAGCACGCCAGAAAAUCAUCAGUUGCAAACGAACACCAGUGCUCAAGACUCGACCGACUUUGAGACGUACUCGGGCUACCUGGCGGCCGGCAGCUCCCGAAAGACUCCGGGGGCACCACGGGCACCGGAGUUGGCGACGCUGACUCCGUGGCGGACUCGGAAUCUACCGAGUCGGCCGUCGGGGAUUGCGAAGAGGACCCGAACGACCCCGAAUGGAUCGACAUGGAGCGCGCCAAUAGGGACCGUUACAAGAGAUAGGGAAGGCGGUAGGGGAAGUCCCCCCAUCACCCGACACUAUCUUCAAGGUCAGACUCGAGGAAUGUGUAUUUUAGUUGUAGCUGCCAUCGGCCCGCGAUCUAACGACUUUUAACGAACCGACCAGGCAGAUCGUACGUUUCGUGCUGGGCAGUCGAGGGGAAGAGCUGCGACUUGCAUUGGUAUGCGUAGAGACGGUAUUCGGCGACGCGACAGCGGUUCCCCAUUCUUCAAUGCAUUGUUUCUUGGGCGUCUGAAUCGGAAUCAUCAUUUGGAGAACGGCGGACUGCUGUGGCGCGUCCCUGGUGAUCGUCUAUGCGUAUCAGCAUUUCUGACUUUAUUGUCGAAGAUAUUGAUUGACAUUUUCUCGCGAAACAAAUUUAUUUCCUCAAAUAAAAAAAUAAUACGAGGAUAUGCACUGGCUGUCACAGAAUAUUUGUCACCUGCCAGUAAAUACCUUUAAGCUAAUUCAUUCCUACAGUAUAUUUAAAAUGAAAUGAUUGUAUUCAACUUCUUUGUCUUGAUCGAUCAUUGAUAGUUCUGUGUUAUGUAUGAAAAAUAAUAUGCGUCUGGAAGCGGUACGAACCUGAGGCCUCUGGUUUACAUUUGUAUCACUUUUUGUUACGAGAUAUGUUUUGAUUAGACUUCUGAACAUUUCGCUUUAGCUGCUCUUCAAUGCUUUGUUUGCAUGAACUUCAUUUUUUAGAAAUCCACACCCAAAGUCUGGGGUCAUUAAAUCUGGUGCCUCUGGUGGACAGAUUACAUCAUUUAACGGGGGCUUCUGUAGCUGUGUUACACGUUGCGCCGUUCUGAUGGAAUCACAUUUCUUCUCCAAUGACAGUAAAAAGAAUAACAAGCAAUGUCUCCAAAAAAGUAAGGACAGGUGAAAUGUCAAGAGGGCUCAGGUUUGUGUGGUUUCCAGAUGCAGGCAUUUAAGUGCGAUAUCAUUUUUCAUAAACAAAAAAGGUACAAAAAUGUUUCUAUUUUGUUUUAUUUCAAAGAUUUUGGAAGAACAAAUCAAUCAAUUUUAUCUAUUGGCCAGUAAUUUGAAAUAUACGAAACAGGUUCGAUGGCAGAAUACGUACUUCUGAUGGACUGAAGAUGAUCGUAAGAUUUGUACAUUUUGUAGUAUUUACACUAGUAAUAGAAUAGCAUGACUUACACAGGAAAAACUGUAGCUGCUCCAAUAAUUUGAACAUAAUCUCACCUACAGUGUGCGCGAGUUGUCUCAAGCCUCAAGACGAAUAUUAACGAUUAUCGAGUUACAGCUGUCAGUCAUUUCUAAAGUCACUGACCGCGUUCGGGAUCAGCCGUGAAACACUUAUGUCGAACUACUUGAAUAUACGUUCACUGGCAUUAUGCGCUUUCAGUGCUGACAUACCUUCAAUCUAUUCCAAGUAUAUAUCACAAAAUACAGACCUUUUAAACAGCAGGACGUACAUCUUAAUUUACGACACAAUGCUCAUUUCUAACACUGUCAAUUUUUUUAGAUUUGGUUAGAAAAUCACCCAUGAACCACCGGAAUAUCUUGCAGAAACAUAAUGUAAACCCUAGAAACACAUUUUGAAUUGUUUGCUUUAGGUACCAUUUACUGAAAUAUUCUGUGGUCCGGCGUUUGUGAACAGAAGUUAUUGGGACUCGGUUGGAUUUUUGCUUGAGGCCUAAUUCAGGUUUUAAGACAUACAUAUGCUAUUGAGGAUACUACGUUAAAAUGUGGGAAAUCACGAUUUGUAACUAUUUCGUAUCACAUUUCCGCAUUUUAGAUUUGCUCCUCAAAUUAACUGCAUCGAUUUGUCGUAAGUUUUCAAAAUUAAUAAUUUUCAGUAUCGGGCACGAUUCAAGGCUGUUUAGUUGACAUUUAUAGCAGUCACACCCUAGGUCGGAUGUCGCGUAAUUUAAUUUUAAAACAAUUGAAAAAAUAUCUGUAACGUUUGCUAUGUGAGAGUUUGUUUUUUUAUUUUCAGAUCCGACUUGAUUUUUUUUAGUCAGAAACAGUGUUUCCUGAUUUGACCAGGCAAAAGUUUGGUUUGUCCCAUUUUCUUCAGCACGAGACGCUGGAUUACUGAUUUAUUUUUGUUUUUUUAUUGUUAGGUACUUUAGUCGAUACGUUUCUGUUCUAUUCUACAUUUUGUAAUUAGAGCUUCGGAUUUUGUAUUCAUAAAUAUUUAAAAGUCUGUGAUUGUCGUAGAUAUACUUAUAUAUCAAUACUGUUGUUGCUUUUUAGUAUUGAAUAUAACCCAAUGAAAAGCAAAAUACAGAAUUCAAAGCUUUCGUUUUCUUUUGUUGUAUCCAUUUUCUUUUGUAUAAUACUAUUUUUUAAAUGUUGGCGUUAAUAAAGAGUCCUUGAACCAUGCAUAUUGAUUUUGGUGUGAACGUUGUGUUUGGUUUGGGAGUAGCUGAUUUGGAUAUUGGUUGAUUUGUAAAAUAUGUUUCAUGUCUCGAAUUCCACCGUUCUAGUAUGGAAAUGAAAAGAUCGAAUGAAGGGACAAUUAAAGUAUGCUUAAAGUAAGAAGAGGCAGAUUUGGGACCGUAUGUUUUCGUUGGAAACAUCGAGUCUUGCAUAGUACUGCAAAAAAUAUUGUGUUUGCUUUAAUAAACAAAAAUACGGACAAUGGAUGUUCUGUAAUCACUACCAGUUAUAAAAAAGGUAGGCCUCCUUCACAAAAGGUGACGAAGUAUGCAGUAAAAUUGAGCAGACCAUCUAAAACCAGUCUUCGACGUUUUGUUAUGAAUUUAUAUCUUUUUCGAUUUAGUUGGUUUCAAGACAGAAGUUUAACUAAUAUUUCACGAAUUUUGGUGGACAGAGCAAAACUGCUGGUAUCAUUUCCAUGUUAUGCAUUACACGCGAACAUGCAAUUUAUGCGCGGCCGUUUGUGCAAGUUUACAGACAUUUUUCAGUUUCGUCUCGCCGCAUCGGAUUUUUGGGUGUGUCAUUUUAAUCUCUCCACCAGAAUGUUUCGAAAGCUAUUCAUCCUAGAAAAACGUUUCAUGCAAAAGUUGUAGGGUUUUGAGGGAGCAAAUUGUUGGCGACUUUGACGACUUUUGUCAUUUCAAGGCCAAGCAAAUAUUUUCAAGUGUAGCCCCAUUGUUUACUUUUGAAUUGAAAAGGAAGACAUUUUACGUCUGAGUAUGUCCCUAAUAUUCAAGAGCCAAAUCAAGACAUUGAAAAUAAUUUGCUAUAUAAAAAAUGUAUGACAGCACCGUUGUGGGAUCACCCCUUCAAUCAACUAAACAUUUUCAAUGGAAACCUCACAUUUUUAUACUGAAAUCAGAAAAAGCUGGAAAUGUCACGUCCGAGCGACGAGCUUGAAUGUUAUUUGGAGUCAAGGUCAUAUUUUGCUUAAAAUUUCCUUUUUCCAAUCACAAUAUGAAAAUGUGGAGUUUCCUUUGGAAAUUUUGACUUGACUUUGAUGGUCAUGGUCACCUUUACAAACCUCACAACUGUUUUAUCAAACAUUCAUGCUAGAGCAAAUUGUUUGCAAGGUCUGAUUUGACCUUGAAAGUCAUGGUCAAGGUUAUGUCCAAGGUCAUAUUCGGGCGUAAAAUAUUUCCUCUAUUCAAUUCCUUUGUAAAAAAGCGGAGUUCUAUUUGGAUAUAUAAACUUGAACUUGAAGAUCGUGGUCAAGGUCACUAUCAUGUGGCUUCUUCAAAACUCAACUACUCUUAUUUGAAACUUUAUUUUGCGCAGUUUUCCAAAUAUUUAGAUGGGAAGAGUAGAACGGGACACCUUACUGUCAGUAUGACAAUCUACUUCUCGUUUUUUUAUCUAUACAUAGCAGCAACGACAGAAAACACAAGUAGUGGAAAAUACCGGAAGUUUGUACUAAAUUUAAUGGAGUAGUUCUGGAAACUUACUUGCAGCAGCAGCAGCUCAAUAUGUCUGCAAUUGUGAUGUUUUUUCCAAACCAUUCACCGUUUUCUAAGAGCCACUAAAUUAACUGUAUGAUCAUGGACAACAAAAAAAUAUAGAAAAGGCGAGAUAGAACAGCUUUGAUGUUAUAUAAGGUCUAUCUGAACAUUUCUACUACUUAACCUUGAUGUAAAGACGUCGUGUCAUUUUUGUGUACAGUUAGUUUUAAGUAGCAUACUUUUUGAUUCAACUGCGACUUUUAAUUGGUGCAUGACACUGUAUCCAGACGAACCGAAUUCCUUCGCUCGAUCUAAGAAGUACUACAUAUAAAAUUAGGCCAUAGUUUUGUAAGCGACUCUGCAGCUGGGCCAAUGCAUUUUUCAGUUAGAAUUAUUUUAAAAUUUCUUUUUCUGAAGUGUAUUUCAUUGUGUCAAUUCAGCAAAAUUUUUCUGAAAUUCUUAAUUUUCAUUGUAAUUUUUUCAAACUAAAUAUUAUAUUCCCUUUUUUUCGAGAGUGAUAGUCUAACUUCAUUUAUAAGAACCAUCCAUUUAGAAAUUAUAAUUUCCAGACCCUGAAUAGGGCAUUUCUGUGCUUAGGAAAUUUUCUCAUUAUUUUUUUAUCUAUUUUAUCCCUGGAAUUUUCUGAAUCGCCCUUUAUAUGCAGCUUUCAAAAACGAAAAUAUCAGAACUUGGUUUGUACCAUUAUUUGGCCUGACAUGUGGAAUUUGGUCACCAGUCAAUUUUAAUGAAAUUUUCUUAUGAAGAUACAGUUUUUCAAAGUUUGGUGAUUUUAGCUCGUCUUUAUUGUAGACUUGAUAUAAUAAAAAGCACGUACACUAUCUACAGGGUGUCCCAACGAAAAUGGAAAGCAGUUUGAUAGAAAAAUUAUAAAAGAUAUUCGGAAACGAUUUUCGAUAAUCAGAUUACCAUUCUAAUAAAUCAGUACUAAACGUUAUAUCAGAAGAAACUUAUUAAAACGCGAAUCUGACUGUGUAAAAAUAUGCAGGAUGUUCCAUUCAAAUUUUUUGAGAAAAAGUUUUGCGUUUUGCAGCGCCUUGAUGAAGUUAGGGUAAUUUUCCAACCUCUUUCCAAAAUUUAGUCAAAAACUAUGAAAAGUGGUAGAAGUCAAAGCCUUUAAGCAUAUGAUUUUUUAAGAUAAAUGGUAACUAAAAAAAUGAACUUUAAAGUCCUGCUGCAUACUAUAUAAGUCUUUUUGUUCUCGAAAGGUAUUUUCAAAAAUCUAAUAUGGGCGUACAGUGAAAAAACAUGUUUGUUGUAUCACAGAAUUGUGCAACACUAUAUUUUAAAUAAAAUUUAGAGACCUAUAAAAUCUUGUUUUCGGAUAUUUUAUAUAGCCUCUCUGUUAAACAACUUUCCAAUUUCGUUGGCACACCCUGUAUCUAGUGUGAGUGUUCACAUGAUUUUUUUAUAUCACUAAGUUCUCCGAAUAUAUUAAAGACGCGUUAGGAGCUAAGGCACCAAACUUGGACACCCUGCAUCUCCAAUAGAAAGCAUUUCUCGGUUUGCGCCCACUGGAACAUUGAUCAUUUAUUGCUAUAUUAAUUUUUUUUUAAGUUACCGGUAGACAAAUUCCAUAUGUUUUGUGUAACUCCAAAACAUUGCCUCGAGAAUGCUCUAAAGAUCCACUAAUGAUUAUGGAGUUUCAAACAAAUUUUGAUGCAGUGCGUGCAAUAUUAAAGUUGUGGUUGAGAUUGAUACUGGACCCCAAUGUGAAGUCCAACUGAUUUGUUCUUAUUUGAAAAGUUGGACUUCACUGUACAAAAAAAAUUGGUUGAAAACAUUUUAACUGGUGAAUUUGUUAAAAGUAAUGGUACUCUUUAUAAGAGUAGAACGUAUGAUGAAGUGUUACUGUAUUAUUAUUCACUCGUCAGCUAAACUAGUUCAUAUUAUCAUUACAGAUUAUUGUAUAAUGUUAAAAAUUGUAAAUUAUAUAUGAAUAAAACAAAAAAAGAAAAUAAAUAAAAAAAGGAUUAAAAUAUUUAUUUUCAAACGCUUAUGUAGCCAAAAAGGUUAAGUUACUGUAGUUGGUACAUGAAUUUUUAUAAUGCAAAUAUGUUUUAAUAUUACGAGAUCAAUAAAAUGUAACACACCUGGA